AUGGAUGCUGCUACAAGUGCUGCUCCUUUGCACAUAGCAAUAUUUCCAUGGUUUGCUAUGGGACACUUCACCCCUUAUCUUCACCUCUCCAACAAACUAGCAGAGAGAGGGCACAGAAUAUCCUUCAUAGUCCCACAAAGAACACAAACCAAACUACACCACCUCAAUCUGAACCCUCAUCUCAUCACCUUUGUCCCCAUCAAACUUCCUCAUGUUCAUGGCCUUCCCCACCAUGCUGAGACCACUUCAGACGUCCCCUUCUCUUUAUUUCCACUUAUCGCCACCGCCAUGGAUUGCACACAGAAGGACAUUCAACUUCUCCUCAGGGAUCUCAACCCAAACAUUGUUUUCUUCGAUUUCCAACAUUGGCUACCCAGCUUGACUCGGAGCCUAGGCAUCAAGAGUGUCGCCUACCUCAUAGUUCACCCAUUAUCAGCAGCAUACCUUGGAAACGGACCAAGACGAAGCCAAGGAAGAGAGUUAACUGAACUUGAUCUUAUGGAACCGCCUCCGGGGUUCCCUGAUUCAUGCAUCAAGUUUCAGUCACAUGAACUUCGGUUCCUCGCUGAAGUAAGGAAACUCGAGUUUGGAAGUGGUGUCCUCCUGUACGAUCGGGUACACAAUAGUUUCUGCUCGGCGGAUGCAAUGGGAUUCAAAGGUUGCAGAGAAAUUGAUGGGCCAUAUGCGGAUUAUCUUGAAACUGUGUUUGGGAAGCCUGUUUUUCUUUCGGGGCCACUUUUACCUGAGCCACCGAACACUAGUUUAGAGGAAAAAUGGAUUUCAUGGCUUGGGGGAUUAAACCCUGGUUCUGUUAUUUUUUGUGCAUAUGGAAGCGAAAGCCAGUUAUCAGAAAAUCAGCUUCAGGAGUUGUUGCUUGGUCUUGAAUUAACUGGUUUUCCUUUUCUUGCAGCACUUAAGCCCCCUGAUGGAUUUGAGAGUAUUGAAGAAGCUCUGCCGGAAGGAUUUGGAGAAAGGGUUAAAGGAAGAGGGAUUGCAUAUGGAGGUUGGGUGCAGCAGCAAUUGAUUUUGGGACACCCUUCUGUUGGGUGCUUCAUAACACACUGUGGAGCUUCUUCUGUGACAGAAGCGCUUGUUAACAAGUGUGGGUUGGUGCUGCUACCACGACUUAGUAGUGAUCAUAUCAUGAAUGCAAAGAUGAUGAGUAUGAUCUUAAAGGUUGGAGUGGAAGUGGAGAAAGGUGAAGAAGAUGGAUUGUUCACAAAAGAAAGUUUAUGCAAAGCUGUGAAAACUGUUAUGGAUGAUGAUGGCAAUGAGAUUGGCAGAGAAGUCAGAAAAAAUCAUGCCAAACUCAGGAAUUUCUUACUCAGUGACAAUCUGGAAUCCUCAUGUCUUGAUACUUUCUGUCAACAGCUACGAGAUCUUUCAGUUCAGUUUGAGAUUUCAUCUAGGGAUGCCAUUAUCAAAAAAUUGCAUUCCAAUCUAAAGAGGGCUCAAGAGGCUAUGAAACGGUGGGCAGACUUGCAUCGUCGGGAUCUCCAAUUUUCAAUUGGGGAUUGGGUUUACGUGCGCCUCCGUCCACGUCGACAACACUCAGUUACGGGUCCAUACCUUGCCUUCUCCGACCACAUUCAUGGGCCAAACUCCCUCACCCCCCCCAGAACCUUCCUCCAGAUAUCGUGGAAACCAACCCACCUAUCUGCAACUAUUUUGAUUGGAAGAUGUCAGGAGCAAGACAACCCCCAACAAUUGGUACUCAUUACACUGGAAGGUUUACCUUUGAAGAGGCUAGCUGGGACUUUGGUCCCAAAUCCAGGUAAUUUCACAUUGAGGACAAGGUUGCCUCUUAAGAGGAAGGAAGAGUUAGGCCCAUUACUGAGAAGACUCAAAGGCCAACAACAGGAAUCAAGAAACGUGGACAGAGGAGAAUUACCCAAAGAAUCCGAAGGAACCACACCACACCUCAACGACUAG